AUCUCCUUCCCCUUCUGAAAACAACUGCACAACAACUGGUUGGUGAGGUGGAGUACAAGUACAGGCGUUUAGGUUUUCUUUUGUACUCCAACAAACACAAACAGGAGCAGGCAGGAUGUCUGUGACCGUGACAAAGGCUCAUGGGGUCUCUGUGUACACUGUGACCUCUGACCCCCAAAGUCCUUGUCCUCCACUAUGCCAAAUCGUCAAAGGCCUCUGUUACAGCCCCGUGUGCUGCUCUGUGUCUCAGCGCCUGAGGAAGGUCCAGGGAUCCUCUCAGUCAAUACUCGGGGCUCUGCACAUCGUGGUUGGGUUGCUCAACAUCGGCUUCGGAGUGAUCCUCUUGAGCAGUCACGGUGGCUCUUGGUGGUCAAUGGGUGACGAAGCAUUUCCUUUCUGGCUCGGAGCACUGUUUGUGUUGUUUGGCAUCAUCAGCAUUGUGUCUGAGAAGUGCCCCAGUCCAUGUCUGGUCAUCAUCAAUGUGAUCCUGAAUCUAGCAGGAGUUGGUUUUGCCAUUGCAUCCAUCGUACUCUACGGCAUCAAUAUAGCAGUCGUAUGGGUGUGGGUGGAGUGUGACAACAAUUAUAAUUAUGACUACUAUUCACGCCACCGACCCACUGCAACUCCAUCUCCCGGGGAGGAGAACUUGAAGGAGAAUUGCUUAAAAGGCGAAGAAAUGGUUCUGAUGCUCCUGACAAGCAUCAAUGCGGUGCUGAUCGUCCUGUCAGCCCUGGAGCUCUGCCUCGUCAUCAGCUCUGCCGUCAUGGGCAUCAAGGCUCUGAGGAGCAGCGAGAAGGAAGAAGACAAGGAGAUCGCUGACCCAGAACACUACAAACCGCUGCUGGUUGAAGUCACCAGUACCCCUGUAGCCUAAAUAAAAAUUUUCUUUGUGCAGUCAGUUAGCAGGAACUAUAAUCCUGUUCCUUUAUACCAUAGAGUCUGUGUACUGUAACAUGAAUGAUUCACAUACAGUAUGUUCAGCUGUUACAAUUUCUGCCUGACUCCUGGGUCCUUUUCUGCAAGGGUUGCUUAAAAAUAUUUGCACUUAUAAUCUGCACUUUUUUUGUUUAUGCUGCUGUCCAUUCUACUCUCUUGAUGUUUUUUCAAACUGUUCCCACUGAUAAGGAUUUUAUAUUGAUUAUUGUGCCUUAUGGUCAGUAUGUUUAUGGGUAAAAGUGAGGUUCAUGCACGUGUGUGUGAUGGACACACACUGAUGGGGUUUGUGUUUGUUAUUUUACAACAUUAAGCCAUGUUAAAUAUACUUUGGUGUUUGUAUUUCUGUGCUUUAUAUCAGACUUUAAAGUGUAACUAAGAAAUUGAAUCAGUUGUGCUCUUUGUGUGCAAAUCGGAACGAUAAGUAUAGAGAGAAGUGUGAGGUGAAAAUUGUAUCGUCUUUUCCUAAAUGAUGUUUCUGACCAAAUGAGAGUUAAAUAAAGUGAUUAAAGCCUG